UUGUUACGUCAUAAUUAUGGGACAGAGUAGCGUUGACCUAUUCAUGCAUGUGAAACAAUGUAGCUACCCCGUUAUAGCUUACACGUCUAAUUUGCAUUAAGAGACCACUUUCAAACUAUAUAUAUUUGCAGUUUUACAAGACGACCACCAUGCUUCGCUGCUCUAUAAUUGUUGGCUGUAGAGAACUUGGUAAAAGGUGCAUUUCCUCGCUUACUGGAGAAGGUGCACUCCCCGCCAACCUACGCGUCCCUUCGAAUCUCGUUGAACUUCCCCGAACAAAACGGUCUUUAUCACCUGGUUGCGAACUACCAGUGUUACGCAGGUGUGAGGCGGAGAUUCCACUUCAUCUCAGUGCCAGACAGACAUGGCUGGAAUCCUUGAGAAGCCGAGAAGACGAUCAAUUGGGCUUUGUUGAGCUGCACCCUGACGUCUUUUCAGUACCUCCCAGGGUUGAUAUCCUUCAUCAAGUAGAAGUCUGGCAAAGGAAUUUCAAGAGAAUUAGCCACGCUAAGGUGAAGUGCAGGGCGGAGGUGAGAGGUGGGGGCCGGAAGCCUUGGAACCAGAAAGGGGGUGGUCGUGCUCGUCAUGGAAGCAUCAGGUCUCCUAUAUGGAGAGGAGGGGGAAUAUCACAUGGCCCUAGAGGACCAACAAGUUACUAUUACAUGCUACCCAUGAAAUUGCGUGUGCUCGGAUUAAAGGUUGCUCUAAGUUCGAAACUGGCUCAGGAUGGUCUUCAUAUUGUCGACACUCUAGAGAUGCCAACACCUGAACCGCAGUACCUCCUGGAUUUGGCUCGAUACAGAAAUUGGGGGGAGACCAUCUUGAUUGUGGACAUAAAUGAACUCCCUGAAAACAUCAUUCAAGCAACAGACAGUUUGAAAACUGUGAAUGUUAUUCCAGCCUUAGGGCUAAAUGUUCACAGCAUGCUGAAACACGAAACACUGGUUCUCACGCUGGAAGCUGUGAACUUUCUGGAAAAGAAGCUCCUUUGGCAUGACUCUCGAUUCACUCCUCUUUAUCCCUUUAAAUUCCCCUACAGUGAUUUUCCUUGAAUGUACUCACAGGCUGGAGUAAAACAUGAUAGUCCAACUGUCGGUUUACCAAUGCUUAUAUGGACAUGUUCCAAUGAAUUCAACUUAAAUAUCAUUUAAUGUUAUUGAAAUUACACUUAAAAAACAUACACCAAUAUUGCAAUCUAUGUAUGGAAGAGGUACAGACAAGGCACACAACUCAGUGGUACAGCAUUCCCUAUAAUGGUUGGAAGACUCUUUGGGGUAGGAUCCCAUUUGCCAGGUCAUGACGCACUUCCCAUCUCAAUGCGGACCGUUUCUUCUCUGUUGGCACUACAUAGGUGUUGGGGAUAUAGAUUUUCUGCAGCUUCUGUUGAAGAAAAUUAAUAGUGUGUGAGAAUGUGCUCCAGUCUGACAAUUCCAACAACUCGUUUGAAACAAUCUAUUCAGCCCCUAAACUGAAGUGAAUUAAUUGCAAUGCAAAACUGAAAAAGAAGCUGUAAACCAGAAUGUCAAAUGUUGAAUGGGCAGAGUAGUCUGCAUGGCAAGUUUGUGUAUUCAGGUUCUUUAUAAAGUUUCUUCCAGUGUCAA